AUGGACAAGGCCGAUGUCAACGUUUCCACCUACGACAUUUCCAUUGAGGAGGAAGCGCAGAUCGUGAGGAAUUUCGAAAAAUUACGACAACGUGUCUACGACUGGGGCCUAAUGGAGGCACAACCCUGGUACUAUGUCGGAAAGUCUAUCACAACAUUGGGCUUCAUGUUCUUCGCCUUCUACCUACAGUACUGUCAAUGGUACUUCACCUCUGCGCUGUCACUUGCUGUCUCAUGGCAACAGUUUGGCUGGCUGACGCAUGAGUGUGCCCAUCAUCAGUUGUCAAAAAAUAGGAAAUUCAACAACCUUAUAGCGGUGGUUUUCGGGAACCUCGCACAAGGCUUCUCUGCUGAUUGGUGGAAAGAUAAGCAUAACACUCAUCAUGCUGCAACGAAUAUGAUCGAUCAUGACGGAGACAUCGACCUGAUGCCGCUGGUUGCCCUUAUACCUGGGGAUCUGACCCGGUUCAAGGUCCCCGUCCAGAAAUUCAUUCUCAAGUUCAUUCCUUAUCAACAUCUGUACUAUACACUUACAAUGCCCCUUCUUCGAUUUUCAUGGACAACUCAGUCUUUGAUAUGGGUUUUUGCAGAGAAUUCCAGUGAAUUUCGUGUAUACAGAAGGAAUGCGCUCAUGGAGCAGACAUUGCUAAUGGCCCACUGGGCUUGGGUUCUACUUCAACUCUACCUGCUUCCUUCGAUGGGUGUUCGUAUAAUGUAUUUUGCCGUUUCUCAGUUGCUAUCCGCUUUCCUCAUCGCCUAUGUUGUAACCUUCAGUCAUAAUUCUGUGGACAAAUAUCCAGGUGACUCAAACUUGUUCUUUUUCUCGAAACAGCAAAUUUUUUCAGCCAGACUUUCGAAUCCGAUCAGCGCGACCUGGGCGGGGGGCGAUAAUAGUAGCGCCACCGCCUCCCCUCCUAGCUAG